GCGGGGGCACGCGCGCUGCUGAACGGAAAGUCUGAGCAAAAAAUACCUCUAGGUUAAAAAUAAACGGACCAACCGACCGGGGACUGACGGGCAGACCGGGCGGAACGCGGAGCAUUUUAAGCAUGGUCCUAGCGGCCGUCACGUAGCCGAAGUGGGACAAGGAGGGACCGGAGAUCUCCUUCGAAUCAUUCGUCAUGUUCACGGUUCUCCAAACCCGGUGGAUUGAUUGACUAUGACGAUAGCGUGCCGCUUGCUAUUCAACCAGACUUGGAGGGGCAACGGGCCAGCUCAGUGGGCAACCGAGAUCUCUCCAGUGGAGUUCAUGUGUUGCGCGUUGUUAGGUGAGAGUUCAACCGGCGACCCUGAGGGUUUUCCGUCAUUAACGGUAAAACAACCCGCAGGAAACAGAAUCCUACUCUUUUCCUCGGUCAGUGCGGCAGGUUCAGACCGAGUUAGGACCCUGCGCGCGCGAGUGCCCUAGGUUAAAGGGGAGACCGGGGCAGUCUAGUAAAAGUCGGUGUUGUUGUAAGUUGCGUUAAACAUGUCGCUCUCCUCGCGGCCAGGGUUGUUUAGAUGUUCCGUUAACGGGAAGCCGUGUGCGCGCGUCUGAAAGUCUUCAGGGAACGCGGUGGAACAGGCCUCUGGUCUGGGGGAGGACAUGGGGGAGGUAUGUUCUCACAAGCCCGGCGUGUCUCGCUGCCCUCGCCUGGCCCUCUACAUCCUGCUGCCCUCAGCUGCCCUGCUGCUCUGCAUCCUGCUGGUGCUCACAGGGAUCAGUGGUUUCAGGCAGUCUGGCCCGCUGCUGUCUCGCUCUACGGGAGCACCAGACACCUCCUCCUCCUCCUCCUCCUCCUCCUCCAACACCGUUACCGGCAGCUUCUCCCUCAGCCUUACCAGCACGGACGCUCCCACCGGGAGAGAUGAGAGCAGCCACCUGACCUCCUCCAUAACCCCUCCCACCCUGUCUCCUGAUUGGGUGACCUCGAUAACCUCACUGAGUACCUUUUGGCCAAUCAGCACAACACCAGGAACUCUUAGCCCCGCCCCCGACCAAGGUGGGUGUUCUGACAUCAUCGAGCCUCAGUGUCACAUGCUGCCCUACAACCAGACGUGGGCGUCGCCGGCCGUUGCCGUGGUGAAGGCAUCAGAGGUGGAGAUGUUCCUGCGUUUCUUUGGUUACCUGAACCGUCUGGGCUGCUACAGACACAUCAUGCUGUUUGGCUGCACCCUCGCACUCCCACAAUGCAUAGCGGCCGGCCACAGCCAGGAGAGGCGUGUGCUGCUGCCCUGUGCUGGGUUCUGUGAGGCGGCGAGGGAGGGCUGUGAGCCUGUCCUGCAGAUGUUCAACGCCUCCUGGCCAGACUUCCUGCGCUGCUCGCAGUUCACCACGCAAGCCACGCCCCCAGACCCCCUCAGGGCUACGCCCCCAGACCCCCUCAGGGCCACGCCCCCAGAUCCCCUCGGGGCCACACCCCCAAACUCCCCCGGGGCCACACCCCCAAACUCCCCCGGAGCCACGCCCCCAGAUCCCCUCGGGGCCACACCCCCAAACUCCCCCGGAGCCACGCCCCCAGACCCCCCCAGAGCCACGCCCUCAGACAGCCCCUCUGGCCACACACCCCUCUGCUAUUCCCCCCGACAGGUCAAAGGCAAACCACCUGUGUGUGGCGGGAAUGACAACUUCCUGUGCGCAACAGGAAUAUGCAUCCCCAGGAAGCUGGUGUGCAACAGCUUCAACGACUGUGAUGACUGGAGCGACGAGGCAGACUGCACGUGUGAGGCGGGGGAGUUCCACUGCGGGACGGGGCGCUGUCUCGACCCCGCUCUGCUCUGCGAUGGAUACGACGACUGUGGAGACGUCAGCGACGAGCAACACUGUGUGUGUGACCUGGAGAAAGAGCAUCGCUGUGGAGAUGGUCGUUGUGUGACCAGAGACUGGGUGUGUGACGGAGACCACGACUGUCUGGACAAGAGCGACGAACUCAACUGCUCCUGCAGGAGCCAGGGUUUGCUGGAGUGCCGGAGUGGGCAAUGUGUCCCCAGCGCCUUCCGCUGCGACGGGGAGGACGACUGCAAGGACGGCAGUGACGAGGAGAGCUGCAGUCCUGACCAGAGUAAGGGUGUGUGUGCUCCUGGUCAGCCCAGCUGUGUCUCCUCCUGUCCCCCUGUAUGCGGCAGCCAGGGCCCCUGCGACCCCCGCAACUCCACCACCAACUGCACAGGUCGCUGUGAGCCCAUCACCCUGGAGCUGUGUAUGAACCUGCCCUACAACUCCACCAGCUUCCCCAACUACCUGGGGCACCAGUCCCAGAGAGAGAGCUCUGUAAGCUGGGAGAGCUCCCUAUUCCCUGCCCUGGUCCAGACCAACUGCUACACUUACCUCAUGUUCUUCGCCUGCACCAUCCUGGUGCCCAAGUGUGACUCUGUCACACAGCAGAGGGUCCCUCCCUGCAGGUCGUUGUGUCACAGCUCUAAGCAGCGCUGUGAGUCUGUGCUGGGGAUCGUGGGGCUGCAGUGGCCGGAGGAGUCCGACUGCUCUCAGUUCCCUGAAGAGGACGGCAACGUCACCUGCCUGCUGCCCAACCCUGACGUACACGAGUGCUCUCCCAGCCACUUCAAGUGCAGAUCAGGCAGGUGUGUGUUGGCCUCCAAGCACUGUGACGGGCACACGGACUGUGAUGACCACAGUGACGAGGACAACUGUGGGUGUGUGGAGCGAGGCCUGUGGGCCUGUCCGUCCAGCAGGGUGUGUAUCAAACCCUCCAUGAUCUGUGACGGCUUCCCAGACUGCCCCCUGCUGGAAGACGAGCGCAACUGCUCAAUGUGCAGUGAUAACGAGCUGGCGUGUAACAACCACGAGUGUGUUCACCGCACGCUGUGGUGCGACGGCAGGAAACACUGUUCAGACAGCUCCGACGAGUGGGACUGUGUGUCUCUGUCCCCAGACGAGGGCUCCCUGCUGACUGUGUUCAGGACAGCUGUUCACUACCAGGUGUGUGCUGAUGAGUGGACACCUGAGCUCAGCGCUCUCACCUGCUCACAGCUGGGUUUAGGUGCUCCGGUGGCAGUAGAGAUGGUUCCAGACCCCCCCGGGGCUCCGCGGCGGCGCUGGCUCCAUGUUCACCCAGAGUGGAGCCAGAGGAAUGGCUCGGCCCUGCAGGGCCUGCUGGAGAAGAGAGGACACUCCUGUCACUCCAGGAGAAGAGUGUCUGUCCUCUGCAGCAGUGAAGACUGUGGGCGUCGGCCUGCGGGGCGUGUGUACAAGCGUGUGCUGGGGGGGCGCGUGUCCCGGCCGGGACGCUGGCCCUGGCAGUGCUCCCUGCAGAGCGAGCCCAGCGGACACAUCUGUGGCUGCGUCCUCAUCUCUCCACGAUGGGCUCUCACGGUCGCACACUGCUUUCAGGGGAGGGAGAGUGCUGAUCAGUGGAAGGUGGUUCUGGGCAUCACCAACCUGGACCACCCGUCCCCCCACCAGCAGAGCAGCGGCGUGACGCGCAUCAUCGCUCACCCCCGCUACAGCCGGGCCGUAGUGGACUAUGACAUCAGCGUGGUGCAGCUGGCCCGGGCGGUGCAGGUCACCAGCUACGUGCAGCCGGUCUGCCUGCCCCGCCCAGGACAGCUGCCCAUCCCAGACACCUACUGCUACAUCACAGGCUGGGGACACAUGGGCAACCGCAUGCCCUUCAAGCUGCAGGAGGGAGAGGUGAGGAUCAUCUCCCUGCCUCAGUGCCAGGCCUACUUCGACACCAAGACCAUCACCUCACGCAUGCUGUGUGCCGGCUACGAGGCAGGCACUGUUGACUCCUGCAUGGGAGACAGCGGAGGGCCCCUGGUGUGUGAGGACCCGUCCGGGGGCCGCUGGCGUCUGUUCGGCCUGACCUCCUGGGGCUCGGUGUGUUUCUCUAAGGUGCUGGGUCCUGGUGUCUACAGCAACGUCACACACUUCACCCAGUGGAUCCACAGACAGAUCUACCUGCACUCCUUCCAGCUCAACUAGCUCUCUCACACACACACAUACACUCUCUGGUAUGCGCAUCCCCACUCUCCCCCUGCCAACCACGUAGGUGUAGAGUCUGAAGAGGAGGACCUUUCUUCUCUACUUCCUGUGUCCCACCGUCGAAGGAGGAAGUGGUGUUUUACUUCCUGUGUCCCACUGUCGAAGGAGGAAGUGGUGUUUUACUUCCUGUGUCCCACCGUCAAAGGAGGAAGUGGUGUUUUAGGACGGCUUGUUCCACAUGUUACCACUGUCUUCGUCUGUUACACACACUCAUACACACUCAGAAUCAGAAUCAGAAUGGGAUUUAUUCGCCAUGAAAGUUUGCACAGACAAGGAAUUUGCUUUGGCAGGAAGGUGCAUACAAUAAACAUAUAGGGACCUAAAAUUUAAUGUGUGUAUGUAUUCAUACACACACACUCAUACACACUCAUACACACACACUUAACACACACACUCAUAUACACACUCAUGCACACACAGCCUUCGUUGCGCUCUCAAUGUGGGUGUUCAGAAUACAUGUGCACGCGCUCAGAGGUGCCUAUAGCAAUCCUUCUCUCCUGUCUUCAGCGAUAGUCUGGUCAGAGGCAGGAGGCUGGGAUGGGACCUUCUAGAACUCUCCUGGAAGUCUAGAAACGUUCUGUGUAGCUUCAGGGGCAGCUGCUGUUAGACUGUGUGUCCAGCAGAGGGCAGCUGCUGUUAGACUGUGUCCAGCAGAGGGCAGCUGCUGUUAGACUGUGUGUCCAGCAGAGGGCAGCUGCUGUUAGACUGUGUGUCCAGCAGAGGGCAGCUGCUGUUAGACUGUGUGUCCAGCAGAGGGCAGCUGCUGUUAGACUGUGUGUCCAGCAGAGGGCA